UUGGGACUUUGAAGGGAGAAAGGGCGGGGCUUGGGAAGGCAGGGAUUCCCAAGCCCCGCCCCCCAACUCGCUUCCGGAUUUGUGGGCCCGGCUGAAGAGUGAGGUUCCUGAGGCGGAGUGUCGGGGUUUGAGGGGACGGCUGAAAUUUGGAGUGCAAGAACAUGUCUCAGGCGGGUGAAAAAGUAAAGUUUUCCGACUCUGCAGGGUAUGUUGGCUUUGCCAACCUUCCUAACCAAGUCCACCGGAAGUCUGUCAAGAAGGGCUUUGAAUUCACGCUCAUGGUGGUUGGUGAAUCUGGCUUGGGGAAAUCGACCUUGAUUAACAGUUUAUUCCUGACUGAUCUCUACCCUGAACGUUACAUUCCAGGAGCCGCAGAGAAGAUUGAGAGAACAGUCCAGAUUGAAGCUUCCACCGUAGAAAUUGAGGAACGAGGGGUGAAACUCCGCCUCACAGUGGUAGAUACUCCGGGAUAUGGAGACGCCAUUAAUAGCCAAGACUGUUUCAAGACCAUCAUCCACUACAUCGACAACCAGUUUGAAAGAUACCUUCAUGAUGAGAGCGGCCUCAACAGGCGUCAUAUUGUAGACAACCGAGUGCAUUGCUGUUUCUACUUCAUUUCGCCCUUUGGACAUGGGUUGAAGCCCCUGGAUGUCGAGUUCAUGAAGGCCCUCCAUGGAAAAGUCAACAUUGUCCCAGUGAUUGCCAAGGCAGACACGUUGACGCUGAAGGAGAGGGAGAGACUGAAGAGACGGGUUCUGGAUGAGAUUUCGGAGCAUGGCAUAAGAAUUUACCAGUUGCCUGAUGCGGACUCUGAUGAAGAUGAAGAAUUCAAAGAACAAACCAGGAUCCUAAAGGCCAGCAUUCCUUUUGCGGUGAUUGGGUCCAACCAGCUUAUCGAAGUGAAAGGCAAAAAGAUCCGAGGCCGCCUGUACCCCUGGGGGGUGGUGGAAGUGGAGAAUCCGGAGCAUAAUGACUUCUUGAAGCUGCGGACCAUGCUGGUGACACACAUGCAGGAUCUCCAAGAAGUGACUCAAGAUUUGCACUACGAAAGCUUCCGAUCUGAGAGACUAAAGCGUACUGGCAAGCCGGUUGAGGAAGAAGUUGUGGACAAGGAUCGAAUCCUUCAACAGAAGGAAGCGGAGUUACGUCGCAUGCAAGAGAUGAUCGCCCGGAUGCAAGCCCAGAUGAGGAUGAAACCGGGCGACGAAUGAGACGUCAAACUGGUUGUUGACGCAGUUAGCGGACGCUUUCAAAAAACGGAUCAGUGCUUUAAACAAAUGGGAACGACAACACUAGUGAAUACGAAUGCGUUGCAUAGGACGUUAAAAGACACAGCGGAAAGUCUUGAAGAUCGUGUUGGAAAACAGCCUCCUUUUACUUCUCUAUAUACCUCUCCAUAAUCAUGUAUCCUUUCCCAUCCUUGUGGUAUCAACGUGCUCAUGUUUAUUGUGUGGGAUCUAUUAUCCUUCUCUGUCUUUUUUUAAAAUCCAGAAGCUAAUAUGCCAUCUGAUAUGUACUAGGUUGGCGAACUAUGUUUUUUGUCCCGACUUUAGGGUCAUUCUUGAUACUUUUGUACCUUUCUUACUAGGAGACGUGGUGACCUCUUUGCCGUAAAGGUGUAUUAUUUGCCCCAUAUCCAUGCUACUAUUUGUUUCAAUGUGGCGGAAACAUUGCUUAGUUUGUUGCUAGUUUAUAGCCUUUGUCUCUAGCUCUUCCGGUGCAAUUUUUUCUGGUGCUUUUUGAAAAACGGUACUGAACACUACACCUCCCUCCGCUUGGUGACGGGAGAGGAUUGGACAUCCUUUAACCCCUGAUGCCUUAAAUCACGAAACUGGUCUUACAUGCCAAAUAAUCUCAGACGCCUCGAGUCUUAUAUUUUCAGUCGGGAUCCGUUUCCAUUGGGUCUUUGUUUGGUUUCCCUUGACUGAGAACACAAUGGUAUGUAAUCCAAGCGUUUUAUAUGUACGAUGACACUCACUGUCCCUUAGUUUUGUAAUAAAUGGAAUAGAUCUGAGAAAA